CUGAUCCUACAUUUACAGUGUACACUCGGUUUGACAGUUCAGGCGGUGCGUAUACGUAGUGGAAACUCGCGAUUUGUGUAUUGGAAUAAAAUUUGAAUUGCUCUUGCGCGAAACAGGCACCUCUAUUUUGUCGGCUUUGUAGAGGAUUCGCUGUCAAAAAUCGGUACGGAAAAGGUGAUUAAUCCAUUCGCCGAUAUUCGUACCGAACGCUCGAUGGAAUUGUGAACCAAUAAUCGUGCAUUCGGUGGGUCUUGCGAUGGUCCAAACGAAUGAUUACGCUGUGGUUGAGAUGUUGCUGUGUUUUCGUCAUUGUUGGACCGUAGUUUUGUGUUGUGUAGUUUUCAAUAAAAAGUAAAAAAACGGCCCCAAGAGAGGAAGCCGAAGUAGGAAGUUUGUGGGUUUUUUUGUGUGUAUAUGCGAUUGUGAAAGUGAUUUUUGGCCUCCGAAGGGAAGCAGAUAGGAAGGUGGAAAACAACAAACAAGACGGUGCAAGAGAUAAACCAGGGCAGCGUUUAUCAAUUACUCAACGGCAAGUGGUACGCAAUUUUCCACCGUCAGCCGUAGGGUAGCACUUGUUUUUUUGCUACGAUGACUUUCGUCAAAGAUCCCUGCGGUAUUGUUUGCGUGCUGGUCACCUAUAUGGCUGUCCUGUACGCGGACUAUGUGGUAACGCAUUGGAUAAUUCUACAAACAAUGCCCAACAGUCUUUGGGCACCGUUUCAUGUGGUGGCGUUCAAUACGAUCGUGUUCCUGCUGGCCAUGGCUCACCUAAAAGCGGUACUACUCGAUCCCGGUACGGUCCCAUUGCCCCAAAUCCGCAUCGACUUUUCGGACCUUCACUCGGAAAAAAACUACGGCCACGAGCGGGAAGAAUGGACCAUGUGCACACGGUGUGAAACGUAUCGUCCGCCACGGGCACAUCACUGCCGCAUCUGUAAACGGUGCAUCCGGCGCAUGGACCAUCACUGCCCCUGGAUUAACAACUGUGUUGGCGAGCGAAACCAGAAAUAUUUCCUACAGUUCCUGAUGUACGUGUGCGCACUUGCCGUUUACUCGAUCGUUCUGAUCGUAAUUUCGUGGGUGUAUCCGUGCGAAGACUGUCACACGGAUGUGUCCCAAGCGCAGAGCCGUAUGAUGCAUAGCGUGCUGUUGCUGCUGGAAUCGGCCCUGUUUGGGCUGUUCGUAAUAGCGAUCAUGGUCGAUCAGAUGCAUGCAAUACUGUACGACGAGACGGCAGUAGAGGCAGUACAGCAGAAGGGUCCGUACCGGAUCCAUCGGCCAAAGAUGGCUCUGCUGGCGGAAGUCUGCGGCCGUGGACAUCCAAUGCUGUGGAUGCUUCCCUGUACCAGCCUCAACCGCAAGCAUCACGAUGUGCCGUUACUGAGCCACGAUGUGUAAAAGAUCUCGCUCGUUGUCGAAGUGCCCCCCUCCGCCCCAAAAAGGCGAUGAGAUAAGCUUAAUUAUAGAGUAAGCAAACGGAUCCAACUGGAUGGAAGGAAUUGACGCAGAGAGGGAGCACGUGCAAAAACACAACAAAAAAAAAUGAAGAAAAACAUGCUUGGGAAACGAAAAUUCCUACCGAUGGGCUCUGAAGCGCUCUAGACAGACACCUUUGACGCCCAGACGGUGCAGGGUGCCGAGCCCAUUUGCAUUAUCGUGCAUUUAUGAUCGUACGUACUAUCUUGGCUAAUUAGUUUUUUCAUUACGCCACGUACGGUGGUAUGCGAUGCGGACGGGUAUAUGGUAAUGUGCAAUUUUCCCAUGGCGCAAAUUCCUUCGCGUGACCAAAGACUCGGGAAAAACAGGGUCGGAUGUGCUUCUGUAGUAAGGGGUAUUUUCAAUGGCGGUAAACCUCUCGCUGUUAGAGGGCAUAAUGUACGUUUAUUUAUUGGUUUCAUUGUGUGUUCUGGUUUGUGAUUUUGUAGGGCUUCUUCACUUUUUGGAAGCUCCCGAGAGGUAUCUAAGCAAUAGCAAUGUUAAAAAGACAGUCCCUUUCUUGAAUGGUGCAAGCUUGAAUGUGCUCUUUGCCCUAAAACUAAAUCGAAUCGAUAAUCCAUACAAGUAAUAAUAUUCUACCUGGAAAAGGGGUACGUACAGAAAUGCCCCACAAAGUAAGAAUUGUCUAGGAAUUGAUGUAAAUUUUGUGUACCAAAGUAGUUGACCGAACCCCGAACAACAGAUGCAACCGAAACAGGUCAGGUGUAUUUUUCUACCUUUCAGUAAAUAGUCGAGCUGAUAUUACAAUUACAUUAUAAAGCGAUAUCAAGUAAAAGUAGUAUUUAGUGUGCUUCAAAGCAAAAAAAUUGGUUUCGUAUAGUGUUGGGUUAUUCGUUUAUGGAAGCAGACGUAGAAUAACUUUGUUUCAUUUACACUUUUAGUUAGUUAGUUAGUUAGUUGGAUGGCUUCGAACAAUGUGUUACUUCCUGUGUUAAAAUAGUAACCAAGAACAAACUGACCAACCGUGGUUUCCUAUUGAACGGCAACUCUUGACCUCGUACAUUGAACAAAAAACAAUCACGAAAAGAUUAGAUGCAUUCGAAGUUUAGAGAUCUAGAACUAGAAUAUACGCACACCCAUCUGGGAAGGGAUGUGGCACAUGAAACAAUUGCACGCAUUAAAUAUUCAUUUAAGCAGCAGAAACAAAUGUUUCGAAAAAUGGAAGCUUUUGAAAAUAACGCACUUCUGUCUGUACUAUUUUCGAUCCCGCUCGAUCGAUCCGACACGAGCUUAAGCAUUUCUUCUAUUGUUGAUUACUUUCUAGAUUCUUUUGGUUGUGUUAACUGCUUUAAUCAAAUCGUAAAUAGUAGUAAAAUAGUUUCUUUUUCGAUAACUUCCGUUUGUACUAGAUAUAUGUACAGUUAUAGUAUUACAAAAAAGGAAGAAAGAAAACACACAAACAUUUUGUAACACCGAUUGUAUUACGCUUAAUUAGCAUUAAUUUCGGGUACAAGUCGUGCAUAAGUGUUAAGGGGUUUGUUUUACUUUUAAAACGUUUAAUUUGCAAAAACGUACGUAUCUCGAAACCGUUUACCGACGUUCGCCCACUCACUCCGCACGUAAGCUCAUUUGGAAGAAAAACGGUAGUUUAAUGUGUAGGAAGAGCAAUAGUCAAACCAAUUUUGUAGUGUCCCAACGCGAGAACCACUUUCGCACUGGUGUAAAUAAUUCAUCCAUUUAAUGUCAAUCACUCGUUCAGUGUAGCUUUUUUAAACAGACGAACAAACUAGUACAUAGUUCCCAUGUACUGCAACACGGAAUACGUUUUGCAAUAGAAUCGUUUUACAGCAAACCGGUGGUGUAUGUGCGCAGGAAAGUUAUACAAUAGGUAACAGAUGCAUUUUUUCGCAGAUUGUAAAGAAACAUUAUGAAUCCUAAGUCCGGAAAGCAUUAACUAAUGGUUCACCUGUUUCGUGAAUGGACAAAAUGGGCAGGGAACACCUCUAUGCAUCAAUAUUAUAUUUUUGUGAUCCGCAAAUAAAUGUAUCAACUGAUGUGCAAUUUAAA